CGAUAAGCAACCAAUGAAUGUAUAAUUUCAAAUAACCAAUGAACGUAUUUGUUAUGACCAUAAUAUAUUGUAUACAACAUGGCGAUCAGUCAAAGAAAAACAAACAAAAUGUUUUUAUCGCUAUGUUUUAUAUGUAUUUUUUUAAUAAUUAGUAAUAGUAAAUAAAUUUAUCAUUUUUUGUUUUUAACAUACAAGGUGUGUGCUACAUUUUGAUUUAUAUAAUAAAAGAAGUGAAAGAAUGUAAAUAAACAUUAGGAUAACAUAACCUCAAAAAGUAAAAAAUAUAAAUAUUCAAAAUUUUGAGAAAGAAUUAAUUACAAUGGCAAAUUUUGGUGAAAGAAUUGUAGUGUUAAUAGAUAUGGAUUGUUUUUUCUGUCAAGUUGAAGCUAGACUUCAACCAGAAUAUCAAGGAAAACCACUUGCUGUUGUUCAAUAUAAUCAAUGGAAAUUAGGAGGAAUAAUUGCCGUAAAUUAUGAAGCCAGAGGAUUUGGCGUAACCCGUCAUAUGCGUGGUGAAGAGGCUAAAGAAAAAUGUCCAGAUAUAAUUUUGGCCAGUGUUCCAGCACUUCGUGGAAAAUCAGAUACAUCUAGAUAUAGAAGUGCUGGAAGAGAAGUUAUUGAUGUUUUAAAAAAGCAUUGCAAUAAAAUUGAAAGAGCAAGUAUUGAUGAAGCUUAUUUGGAUGUCACUCAAGUAGUUGAAAAUCGAUUAGCUGCAAAUCCUCCUUCUUCGAGUGAAUUGCUUAAACAAUUGUCAAAUACUUUCGUCGUUGGUUAUUCAGAAUCUGAUAAUAAUGAUGAAGAAAAGAGAAGUGAAGGUCUCAAGAAUUGGUUAACCGCAUCGUUCGAUGAACUUAGUGAUUUACAAGCUCAAAAACUUGCUAUCGCCGGAACUAUUGUUGAAGAAAUCAGAAAUGACGUUUAUGAAACAACAAAAUUUAGAUGUUCAGCAGGAAUUUCUUAUAAUAAAAUAUUGGCAAAACUUGCGUGUGGCUUACAUAAACCCAAUAGACAAACAAUAUUGCCAUCAAAUGGCGUUCCUACAUUAUUUAAAACAUUACCAGUGAAAAAAGUGAGAAAUCUUGGAGGAAAACUUGGAGAUGUUGUCAUCGAUUCUCUUAAGUGUAAUGUCAUGUCAGAUCUCUUACGAUAUUCCUUGAUGGACCUUCAAAAAUUAUUUGACGAAAAAACUGGAUUUUGGCUGUAUAAUAUUGCUCGCGGUAUUGACAACGAACCAGUGACAACACGAUUAGUUUCCAAAUCAAUUGGUGUUUGUAAAAAAUUUCCUGGAAAACAAGCCAUCUCUAAUGCUGAUGUAUUGAAAAACUGGCUUAGAGAUCUUACAGCGGAAGUUUGUGAGCGUCUCGAUCAGGAUCUGGAAGAAAACGAGAGACGCGCAACACUCUUGACUGUCAGUUUCCAUUAUUAUCAAAACCAAGUUGAAACUUCUCAGUCACGUUCCUGUCCUUUGAACUCAUAUAAACCAGAAAAAGUCGCAGCUUCAUGUUUCAAUGUUAUUACCAAAUCAGUGCAACAUCCAAUUUCUUUUAUUGGACUUUCGGCUGGAAAAUUUAUAGCAGCAAAAGGUAGUGAUUUUUUUCGAAAUUUUUUUAAAACAAAUACAAAUAAACAUGACAAUGAAACAAAUUCAUCGGAAUCAAUCGAUGUGAAAAAGGAAUUAAACACAAGUGUUGAACAUAUAAACGAUCAUGAAGUCAAGUCGGUUUUAAAUUCAAAGGAAAAUAAUUGCACAACAGAAGAAAGUACUGUUAGAAAAGAUGAAAAUGAUUUUAGACAAGUCAAAAAUGAGUGUAAAACGAUAGAAAAUUCUGAUAUAGAACAUGAAAAUUUAUUAAAUAAUUAUAAAAGGACUUCUCGGGACAGUUUUGAUAGAGCUCUAAAUUCUGAUCACUUUAAACAAUCAUUUUUUAUGAAUAUUCUAAAAAGGAACCACGAAAGUCCUGGAAAUGGAAAAAACGAUUCUCAAGUAAAUAAAGAAAAACAUGAUGAAAUUCCCGAUGGAAACAUUAAUGAUUUAAAUGUGAGUGAUUCAGAAGAAAAUCAUCUAAAUGAUUCGGAAAAUCUGGAACAAAUUCCUUCUUGUGAUUCUUUCAUCUCAAUAGAAAAUUCUUCCAAAACAGAACACCAAAAAAAUCAAGAAAAAAUGGAAGCCGGAUCAAAAUAUUCAAAUUCACAAAUAUUAAAUAGUAAUUGGUCGGCAGCAAAAAUGGACAAUAUGGAACCUUUUGUAAAUAAUAAUGGAAAUGUAAGUGUCAAAUUAAGAGAAAUCUUUCCAGAUUUAAGUGACAUUGAUCCAGGUGUUAUUUCACUUUUACCACAAGAAUUACAAAAGGAAGCUUCUGAACUUUUAAAAAAUACUACAAAGACAAAUAAGAAAGCUGAAAUUCUGGCGAAACAUAUUAAAAUGAAAAAGAGCAAUAAUAAUAAUAAAAAGUGUCAAGAACCCAGAUCCAGUAAAAACGAAAAUACAAUACAAAAUUUUUUAAUUAAACCAAGCACAAGUAGUGAGACUGAUGAUUCUUUUAAAAAAUGCGACAAAUGCCAUCAAUUAGUACAAGUCGAAAAAUUAAUCGAACACAAUGAUUAUCACAUUGCACAUGAGUUACAGCGAGAAAUGAAUAAAAUAGACAACAAUUCCACAUUAAUACAAGACAAUAAUAACUGUAUGAAAAGAAAAUAUAACUUCGAUUCAAAUGGUGAAAAUUCUAAAAAACGAGGUACAAAAACACAGAAAAAUAAUACCAAAAGUAAAUCAAUAGCCUCAUACUUUUCGUAAACAUUUAUUUGAAAAUUUAAAGCAAAGUUGUAAAUAUUGUAACUUAUGAAACAAACUUAUUUUUAUAUAAAUUGUAAAAUUUGUAUUUUCUACUAUUAGCUUAAUUUUAAAAAUAAAAUUAAAAAUCAGUUUUUA